CCUGUCGCAAGGGGCUGUUUAAAGUCGUCUCGGCUUUACCGCUCCUCUGUCACUGAUACCAACCGCUCCGACUCUCGUUUAUUUCCUCCUCCAGCAUGAGUGUCUUUAACAGGUGAUUUAUUUUAAUCGUACGGGGAAACAUCGGCCCGUUGACAGGUGAUCUGUCCCAGGAGGUGACGGAGCCAGCGGAGCCCAAAGGCCGGUGCCGGAGGGUCGGAGAUGUUGGUGUUUCAUGUCAACUUGUGAAAAUAUGAGCGCUCCGUACAGAUAUGUGGACCGUGGUGUUGUUUCUGAACCUGUUGGCUCUACACUGCACAGUCUCCUCCUCUCCUCCCAGCCCCAUCAAUGUGAUCUUCACCUCAGUCAACCUGAGGAAUAUGUUGCAAUGGCUUCCAGGAAACGACACGCCGAAUGACACGCACUAUACAGUGCAGUAUGCUAUCUACGGGGACAGUGUUGAGGGCAGCAAAGGAAGACGGGUGCAGUGGAGGCCGGUGCGGCGGUGUACAGAAAUAGUGCGGAGCUGGUGUGAUCUGAGCAAUGAGACAUGGGAUCUGGAGCAUGGAUACUAUGCCAGGGUGCGUGCUGUGAGCCGGAGAGCGUCAUCCAAAUGGGCCUUGACAGGGAGGAGAUUCGAUCCAAAGACAGACACGAGUUUUGGUCCUCCGCUGGUUUCUGUGGAACUAGAGGAAAACAACGCCAUCAUCACUCUGAAAGGUCCAAUGAGAUAUCUGCCUAAUAACCACACCAAAGCAGUUUCCAUGGCAACAGUUUACCCCCAGAUGAUUUACAACCUCUCCAUCUACAAUACCGGUCAAGGCCAGACGCACCAUUUCCCAGUGGUCUCCAGUUCGUACAAAUAUCGCCUGAUGGACUACAAUACAAAGUACUGCUUCUCUGCCAAGACAAGGUUCGUCUCCAUGCCUGCCAUAUGCCAGCCCUCAGGAUGGCAGUGCAUAAUGACGCCUGAAGACCCUUUGAUUGGCCAGCUGCGGUGGGUGAUUGUGGGAAUUGUUGUUCCAGCUGUGUGCAUCUGUGUGCUGGUGGUGGUUGGAUACCUUCUCUAUCGCUACCUGUCGGGGAAAGGACAGAAGAGCCCAUAUAUACUGGACCCACCUGCUUUUCAUCCUCCCCCUCUGACAUUCCCACCUGAGAAACCCAACCUCAUCCUCAUCACCAUCAUCAAAGAGCUGCCACCAGAAAGCAGCAUAUCAGUCCCUGCAUGUGCCAAGCGGCCACGACACUGUGCACUACCCCCACCAGGAUACGCCUCCCAGAGGCCUGAAACACCACCAGCCCCAGAGGAACCCUGGGAUAAUUUGUCCAUCGACUAUGGGUUUGUUGGUGUUGGUCCUAAAAUGGAAAUCAGCCGAGAAAAUGGGAAUAAUCUGAAAGGUGAACACAAGAAAUGCACAGCAGGAGAAAAUUCAGAGAAGAAAGACUGGGAAGUUGAGGACAGCCUAUUCCCCGGACACACACAGACAGAGACGAGCACACUUUUGCAAGCACAUGCAUGGUCGCAGCCGGUGUUACCACCAUUACUGUCUUUUCAGGGAGCACCUCCGUUAGAGGUGGAUGGAGAGGAGGAGGAGGAAAGAGAGUUUACAGGUUUAUUUCUAAACACAACCCCACAAACUGGCCUCUUCUGCAUUCCUUUAAAUCUACAAACAAAUGAGGAAGGAGUGGAGGAAGAGAUGGAUGCAGAGGUAAGAGUGAGAACAGAUGGAGAGAUAGAUGGAGGUGUGGAGGAAAGAAAUGGGAGUGAAGCACUACCCCUUCUUUCUGCUUAUGCCUGUCAGAAUAUCACAAACAUGGCUUCCUCCUACGCUGGCCAAUCAGCUUCUUUCCCCGAUGACUAUGGUGCUGUGAAACUGGCUACAGCACAGGAAAUAGAGCAAGAUGAUAACGAGGAAGAGGAGGGACCUAUUUGUGUUGAUUGGGAUCCCCAGACUGGGAAACUAGUGUUGCCAGAGAUGGCGUUUGAGUACAGCAAGAGGGACGGUUUGGAUAGGUUGAUGCAGGCAGAGAAAGGGAGGGAGAACGGGAUGGAAGGAGAGGAGGAGGAGGUGAAUUCGAUGAAGGGCAAGCUGAGGCUGGAAAAUGUGUUUGUAAGACAAGGGUCCGAGGAGAAGGCAGAGGCAGAGAGAGCGAAGGAGAGAGGUGGGGGAACAGGGUUGGAGGUGGAUGAUUUGUUUACUAGAUGGAACUUGGUAAUCUCGAUGGAUGAGUAGAUGAUAUUCAUCAACGUAUUUACCCCGUUAUAACAAAAAAGCUCUUCCUCUGCACUUAAAAUGUCCACUUAAAUUUAACAUGAAAUGAAAGUAUCAUUAUACAAAAUCUAAUUUCAAGGAGCACUUAGUACUGUAGUCAGAGUAUUUUUAUACCUGUGAAUAGUGCUGCUUUAUUAAUAUUAUCAGAACUAACCAAUGUGAAUGCUUAUGAAGAAAUCACACUGUGAUCAAAUCUGAAGGAAAUUAUCUGUGCUCACCUUGAUUCUGAUCAAAAUUUAGUACACUAAUCAAUAUCUUCUGUAUAUAUUUGUGCUUGAUAUGAAGUCAACAUUCUUAGAGAUAACCAGAGACAGGGGAAUCGAGUCACAUGACUUGAGUCUGACUCGAGUUACAAAGUCAAGGACUUGAGAUUUGCUCGACCAACACUGAUAAAACACUUGACGUUUACUUUGACUUGGUAUUCAUGACUUGAGACUUUUUUAAUUAAAUAUUUGCAUUUUGUAGAUACUGAGUAGUUACAUUUUGUUUUUGAAACAUGAUUGGGUGAUUUCUAGUGCAAUGCGUGCAAACCUAGCAUUCUACUAAGAUGUGGCAGACCAGCAGAGGCCAACACACAGGGCGACUAUCAUGGAGGGGGGUUGUCAAAAAUGAAUUGGGAUAUAAAGGCCAAGACACACCAAACUGACAUCAAAGAACUAGUGGUGACGAAAGCCAAGUGUUGCGUCCCCUAACGUUACCUGUCUCAGCCAAAAAGUUGCACCUGAACACAUCACAAAGACUACAGCCAAUGGCCAACUAGCAGGUACGUUGUACACUUGUGAGAGAGGACUCUCCACGCCAGCAGGCAAUGGUAGUCUGUGUUCGUCAUUCAAAAUGGGAAACCAGGAGACCAACAGGACAGAUUUAAGAUGCUAGUUAGCGAGUUAGCACAUUAACAACACAAUCUAAUGUUGAAAGAACAGAGCAUAUUUACUGUGUGCUAGUAAACGAUAAG